GCUAGUUCGCCGCCUUGUCUCUGUGGCGAACAGUGUGUGUGUGCGGUGCCAACUGUAAAAAAUCAAGAAAAUCGUCGAUUUGGGUUGUUUUUGGGCGAUGGGCAGUGUGGAGUGUGUUGUAGGUGUGCAUUGUGUGUGUUGUUAGUGGUCGUGUAGUGCCCUUUGGGAUUACUAGUGUGUUUUUUCGGCGGGAUUUGGCAGUCCUGGUGAGUUCCUCCAACAAUGCGUGGAAAGUGCAAAACGUCGUGUCUUAAGUGCUUCUGAGUGGUGUAUGAAUGUUGUGAUCUAACCUUUUAAUGGAGUAAAAGUAGAACUUGUAAUUGCAUCGCUGUUCUAGACGUGGCUUUACUCGAGGGGUAAGAUGCAGUGUGUGGAGUUGUCGGGCGCCGCGGGGCAAAGACUCGUCGGCGGGGCCCGGACAAUCGCAUGGCGGCCCCAAUGAGAUCCAGCUCGCAGGACGCGAGCCACCGACCGAGGGUGGCGGACUCCAGGACAGGGAACGCCACGGCGAAGCCAGACAUCACAACCACCACCACCCAACCCUCAACAAAUUUCGAAUACGAUGACAACGAAUGGGAUAUAGGAAUCGGUGAUCUCAUUAUCGACUUGGAUGCGGACAUAGAAAAGACCAACGAGGGGGCCAACACCCACACUAUGGCCGCGAACGCCGGAGGCCCGCAAGCCGCCAAAGCGGCCGCCACCGCCAAGAUGGCCAUCGAGCAUUCAGCCACCGUCGACAAAGGCCUGAAGAUGAAAAUCAAACGCACGAAACCGGGUACUAAAACCUCGGAAGCCAAACACGAAAUUGUGAAAUCCAACGAGUUGAACGGCACUGCCGAGGGGAAGCACACAGCCGGUGUGAAUGCCGCCCCCGGCGCCGCCCCCGGGGGCAACAGUAAGCGCGGUUCGAGUGGCCACCGCCGCGACAAGAUCAGAGACAAGCACUCGUCGGCCGAUAAGGCGGGACAGAAGGGGGCGGCGGCAAGAUCCGCCGCCAAGCCGGAACAGGCCAAAGUGGCCGCCGCCAAUGCGCCGCCGACGAAUACACCCGCCACCAAUAUCAUCGACGAACGCAGCUCGUCGCCGCCUCCAAAGAAGCUCAAAACCGAACCCAAGGAUGUUUCGGACGUGUGUAUUGGCACCAGUGUGGGAACCAUCACCGAACCCGAUUGUUUAGGCCCUUGUGAACCCGGUACCAGUGUCACGCUUGAGGGAAUCGUAUGGCACGAGACUGAAGGAGGUGUUCUUGUAGUCAAUGUUACUUGGAGAGGAAAAACCUACGUUGGGACAUUAUUGGACUGUACUCGCCAUGACUGGGCGCCCCCUAGAUUCUGUGAUUCUCCCACAAGUGACCUGGACAAUCGCACCCCCAAAGGACGAGGUAAGAGAGGCCGUUCCCCACCCGUUCCAGGCUCGCCGCCCCCGUCGCCAGUGCUCCUCGAGUGUCCCGAACCCAACUGUUCCAAGAAGUACAAACAUAUCAAUGGGCUCAAGUACCAUCAGUCCCAUGCCCAUGGGUCUGCCGACGACGAGGACACCAAGGAGGUCACUUCCAUGUCGGAGAACGACGAGUCGAAUAUCGAGGCCCCGAGUCCCGCCACUCCGGUCAAAUCGCCGGAAAAGGGACAAGACAGCCCCCUUACGCCCAAAAAGGAGGAAUUACCGAUGAUUUUAAGGGGGCUGGAGGUGUCUAGUCAACCAGCCACGCCGAGGAGCACACCCCCGUCACCAGCAACGAGCGAUCUGGGGGGCGCAGGCUCACCCACGGUUCAAAUCGAGAAAAGUGUGGUCAAACCAGGAGUCUUGCGAUACACACCCACCGAGGAGUUCCCCGUCGGGGUCUUCGCCAACAAAACACCAGCAGCAGGUCCGGCGUUGGGGCCUUCCAGUGUGCGUGCCGUGCCCCCCGAGCCGGCUAGCCCCCAGACUGACCCCCCGAGUGCUCAACCGCAGUCUUUCGCAUCUUUGCCCCCGCAGCAGUUCACCCAGCCCCCAACAUUGCUAAUUCCCCCACAGAAUCUCCAAACUGCUCCUCCAAUGUCCCCCCAUGCGCCCCAAUCCCCCAAGAUAACGCAAUUCAAAGUGAAGCCCACUGCCGCUCUCAUGCCCGAAGACAAGUCAAAGGCACAACAAAAUAACAAGACUCAAAGUUUCAAGAAAAAGAAUCGGAAGAGCCCCGCCGGGAGCCCCCAUCCGCCCCAGACCGAGCAACCUGUCUUCGGCGUGGAGCAAACAGCCAGGGAUGAGGUGCAGAGCCCCGCGUAUUCGGAUAUUUCCGACGAUGGGGCCCCCCCAGUUGAGAGCGACAUGGGGGAUAAGAGUAAGAGUGCGGAUAAGAAGAGCGAGUCGGGGCAGGUGCCCCACAUGCCCCAAUAUGGUAUGUAUCCAUUCUAUGGACAGCCCCAGUAUUUGGUGCCCCAAGAAGGCAAGAAGGAUGAGAAAACGGGGGAAAAACCCGAUAAAGAUGGUAAGAAAGAAGGAAAUGAUUACCAACAAAAAAUUUUACCUCAACAACAUUACUACCCAUAUGGUUAUAUGCCAGGGUACCCCCCAUACAAUAUGGAUCCGAAUUUUGGUGGCGUCCCCAUGGUUCAAGAAGACAAAAUCAAAGAAGAACGGAUUAAAGAGACCCCCAGUCCUAUUGAGCAACCCAUCAAACAGCCCCCAGCCCCCAUUCCUAACCCCAUUCAAGUCCCUAAAGUGAAAACGGAGCCCCCACCAAAGGAGAAACACCAAAACGAAAACCACCAAAUCCUCAAAGAAAGCAUCGAAAUCAAGAACCAAAUGAACCCUUAUAUGUACCCCCGACAACAACAGCCCCCACAUGACGACGUACGUCGUUUCUACACCCACAAAACCCCCACACCGACUAAACAACCCCCGCCUCCUAGCCCCAGUCUCAAACAUAAAGACCCCAAACCGGAGGAGAAAAAAGACAAGGAUUUGAAACAAGAGGGGGUGAAACCCACGAUGGAGACACAGGGCCCCCCACCGCCCCCCACUUCCCAAUACGCUUACAUCCAUCCCAGUUACAUGCAAUCGGCCCAUUAUGGGGCCCUCCCUUUUGACCCCAACCAUCCCAUGUAUCGGGGGAUUAUGGUACCGGGGCCCUACAGUGGUAAUCCCUAUUUGCACCAAAUCCCGAGGUAUCAUGCCCCCGAGGAUUUAUCUCGGGCUCCGCCCCCCAAAGCCCUCGAUAUGCUCCAACAUCAUGCUCAGUACUACUCCUCGCACAAAAUACACGAAUUGCAAGAGAGGGCUAUCAAAAGUCCCACACCGAAGACUUCAAUUGCCAGUUCGAGUCCGAGUACGAGUCAAUCGGCUCCUGUGUCACAGCCCCAAAUGACGCAGCCCCCCACGUCGACGACGAGUACGACACCAGCGGGGAAACAAACACCGGGGGACGGCAAAGACUCCAGAUCGCCGCCCCCACAAAGACACGUACAUACGCAUCAUCAUACGCAUGUGGGGCUCGGGUAUCCCAUGUAUCCGCCCCCAUAUGGAGCGGCGGUGUUGGCGAGCCAGCAAGCAGCAGCAGUGACAGUUAUAAAUCCUUAUCCGACCAAGUGAGUGCCCGAACUCGAAAGAAGUAGUGACUAAAGCAUUCCAUAGUUGUGUCUUGUUAUAUAGUGUGCACUGCUGAUGUAACCUGAUGACUUGAUUUAGAUCCACAGCUGUUUUGCAAUGCAAACGUAUUGUACAUUAUGAUUUGAUUGAUUGUAAAUAGUGUAAAGACAUUGUCUCAUGUCUUUUAAAGUCAUAAAAGAUUAGUUGAUACUUUGUAGUAGACUGAUAUUUGACUUAUUAGAAAGUACUGUGUAUUUUUUAAUGUAAAACUGUCUUCUUUAUUAUUAUUAUUAUAUAAAAAAAAAGAAAAAAUUGAUACGGUUAGAUAUAUAACUUUUUAUUUUUACUAUUUUACAUUGUUUGUUCCAUUCCAGUUUUAUUGGAAUAUUUGUAUAAUUAAAACACUGUCCUUUUUUACUUAAACAGUUGGAGUCUGUACAUCUUGUAAUAUUCUGUAAAUAAGCCAUGACAUAAUAAAAUUGUAUAAAUUACAAGUUUUGAAGCCUUUUGUUGCUUUGCUAAUUCAUCACACUCAAGUGCAAGAAAACAUUUUCGGAUUUUCUUACACUGUGAUAAUUCCAAAACUGCGACUUUUGUGAUACCAAACAUUUGAGAAGAUUACCUAUUGUACAGACUACGAGGGGCUUUAUGUAAAGUUGCUUAAUAAAAAUAAACAAACUAAAACUUUUGUUAUUCUUGGACAUUUUUUUGAUAAAUGUUGUACAAAACUGUUACAUCUGUUGUCAAAAAAAUAAAUGUCUUUCAUAACCAA